ACAGCAGGCAGGGUUACUCCUGUUUGCUCUGUGUGUGUGUGUUUUAUUAUAGAGAUUAGGUUUCAGGCUGUAAUAGCCUGUCAUGCAUUGUUAUAUGGAAAGUUACCGUUCCGUUGUACUACCGUUGUGCUAUUCCCAACUGGGACUUCAGUCAGCCCAAUGAUCGUUUCUGGUAUCAGUCGCGUGUACAGAUUUAGAAACGGUUUCAAAGGCGAACAAUAUGAAUGCCGGGAUUGUUCCUUGAGAGAUGGCAGCAACAGUUAGCUUUUUUUGCUUUUUCUUGGCAGGGCUUUGUUGAGCAUAACUCGUCUCUGUUGAAAUCUGGGCCAACUCUGGGCAAGGAAUAUGGGAGAAGUGUGUCUAUAGCAGCUGCCAGUAGAUCUCCAGCUUCUUAACAACAGCCCUGGACUUUGAGAAGGAGCACAUGAUCACUCCAGUGUUUUCGAGUCUCCCAGGAUGUCUCGGCGGAGCCUGCGUCUGCACACUAUCACUGGUCUCUAUGGCGACGACAGCCUAGACUCUAAUCUGAACCACAAUGUGUACCACGGUGCCUCUUUCAGCGCAGGAGGAGCCAGUCGCAGAGAGUCCAAAGGGUUGAAGAGCAGGAGGUCUCAGCAGCACUCGGUCUCCUGCACCCAGUCUCUGCUCAGCACCACGCCCCGUAAGAGCCAGCAUGGCUCCCGGCAGCACAACAGCAGCGUGACCGCCAGUGACGCCUCCAUGCUGGACGAGUCGUGCAUCCAGGAGCGCACGCUGGUCGGCAGCUGCUGGGGUUUGGAUGAAGCUUCUGAAGAUAAAGAGCGGACCAUGGCGGUAGACCACAGUAUGUGUAGGACCAACGGAGACAUUAACUCUGUACAGACCCAGACCUCCAUGGUGAAUGGUAGCUUCUGUAAGGACUUCCCUAUCCCCUCGGACAGACAUGAGGCUCUAAGCACCUACUCCUCGUCCUCCACUGGUGCCUGCUCUGCCACCAGCUACCAGGCCCUGACAGCCCCCUGUACGUCCCCUCCCUCCACGGUCUACGCCAGGGACAAGAGCCGCAAGCACAAAACGGGUCUGCUGGUGUCUGUCUCGGACACCUGUGUGCAUGUGAGCAGGAGGGCAGCAGCCUCUGUGGCAUACGUCUUCUCACUGCUCUUAAAGAGUGUACUGAUGAGGACACACAAGAAUGGUGAAGCUCUCUCCAGCUACUGCGGAAGCAUGCAUGUAAAGGAGUUGGGGACUGACGGGAAGCACAUGAAUCUGAUUGGCUCUCUGUGCAAGGCAGCGACGGGGGUCUUCUGGUGGCUUGGGACUGGAUGGUACCAUCUGGUUACCCUUCUCUCUCUGCUCAACGUCUUCGUCUUGACACGUUACCCUGCCAAGCUCCUCAAACUCCUGUUGAUUUUGCUCCCAUUCCUCAUCCUCCUGGCUCUGUGGCACUGGGGUCCAUCCAGCCUGCUGUCUGUAUUGCCGGCCGUUAACGUCACUGAGUGGAGGACAGCCUACUCCCUUAGUAUCACCUCUGCCCAAGCCCAGACCAAAGACGGGCAGUCCACCAUGACUCCACCACCACCACCACCAGCUGUCUCACAGCCAGGCAGUGUGGCCGUGUCUGUGGACUCUGAGCGCCUGGCCCAGUUGGAGCAGAGGCUGGCCCAACUGUGGGAGAAGGUGGAGGGAGGGGGCCAGAGGCAGGAGCAGCAGCACGGAGAAGUGCUGGGUCUCUACCAUUCUCUACGAGCGCAGCUGGACACUCAGGCGGACAGGGACGGCAUGGGGCUGUGGGUGUCUGGCCUGCUGGAGGAGAGACUCACCCUACUGAGGAGAGAGAUGGAGAAGGAUGCAGUACUGCAGAGGGAACAGGUGAUUCUCCAGGAGCAGAUUGUGGUGCAGCAGCAGGGCCAAGAGUCUCGUCUUGCUCAACUAGAGGUUCUACUGCAGACACUGGCUGCCAAGACAGAGGAGGUGCAGAGGAGGCAAGUUGAGACUGCCAGUGCCACGCCAGUUCCUGCGGCAGUCAGUGAGUCCCAUGAUGCCUUGCUGGCGGAGGUGCAACGGCUGGAGGCGGCACUGGGGAGCAUUAGGCAGGACCUGCAGGGGGUGAUGGGAUGCCAGGGCAUGGGGGACCGCUUGGACCAUCUCCAUGACAUGGUGUCUGAGCAGGUGUCUGCCCAGGUGAGGCGGGAACUGCGGAUCCUGUUCUACGGCAGUGAGCAGGCUGGAGAUUCCGAACCCGGGGAGAAGGAACUCCCUGAGUCACUAAUGCAGUGGCUCUCUGAGCGUUAUGUGAGCGGGGCAGACCUGCAGGCCUCUCUGGCCUCCCUGGAGCUCAGCAUCCUGCAGAACGUGAGCCUGCAGCUUGAGGAGAACAGGGUCAGGCAGGAGAUGCUCAGCACUGAGACGGUCUCUCAGACCGUGAUGCACACUGUUGGGGCCGGGAUGUCCGAGGAGCAUGUGCAGCUGAUGGUGAAGAAUGCUCUGAAACUCUACUCCCAGGAUCGGACCGGCCUGGUGGACUACGCUCUGGAGUCUGGAGGUGGCAACAUCCUGGGCACUCGCUGCUCUGAGACGUUUGAGACAAAGACGGCACUGAUGAGUCUGUUCGGCCUCCCACUCUGGUACUUCUCACAGUCUCCUCGUGUGGUCAUACAGCCCGACGUCCAUCCAGGGAACUGCUGGGCGUUUCAGGGUUCCCAUGGUUACCUGGUGAUGCGUCUCUCCAUGAGGAUCGUGCCCUCUGCCUUCUCAUUGGAGCACAUCCCCAAAGACCUGUCGCCAACAGGCAACAUCGACAGCGCCCCACGCCAGUUUAACGUCUAUGGUCUGGAUGAUGAAUACCAGGAGGAGGGUAAGCUACUUGGCAGCUAUACCUACCAGGAGGAUGGGGACGCGCUACAGACUUAUCCCGUCACCGAGGAGAACGAUAAAGCCUAUCAGACCAUUGAGGUUCGGGUGCUGUCCAACUGGGGACACACGGAGUACACCUGCCUCUACCGCAUCAGAGUGCACGGUCAGCCCAGUAUCAACUGAUGGCACCGAGCAGACCACCCUGCCUACAUUUGAAUGUUCUGCGGAUGACUGGAGGCAUAUUAUGCAAAAAAAUAUUGGAUAACAAUCAGUGCUUUACUACUGGUUGAAAAGUGUUUCGAGUACAUUUUUCUCAGUCUAUUUAGACAUGAGCUAUACGUAUUCUGAGACCAAACUGGAUUCUUGAUUGUUGAGCCCCUUCUCGCACAUGGUUAAACCAGGUUUUAGCAUGUUCAUUUACGAAUAAUGUAAACGUGUAUGUCAUUUUAAGUCUACUAAUGUCAAAUGCUUUGAAAGAUGUAUAUGCUGCAGUUAUUCAAAUGUUUAUUUUGUUAGUUUUUUAAAGGGAAGUAAGUAAGUUAGGGAUAUCUUGCACUGGUCCCUUCAGCCACAGAAAUCAGGCUUUGACCAUUAACCUUUUAUCGAUAAUCUACAAGUGCCCAGUUGUAAAUCUCAUUAUUUAUUUGUUUGUCCUGAUUUAGCAAUCUGUGUACUAUCUUUUUGUGAAGGCUUUUCAGGCUAUUUGUAAAAUUGGACAGGUGUUUUUUUUUAAAUAUAAUUUUAUAUUUGUCUUUUGUAACUUGUAAGAAAUGUUCAAAUAAAGACCUUCAUUUCCA